GGGGAGAAAAAAUAGAUGUAGAUGCCUCAAAUUACUUUUUGUCACGAGGCAUAUGUAUCCAUAUGCUACCAUUGUACAUGCCCUCUCAUGACGCCGCCGCCGCCGCCGCCUCCACUUCUCUCCCCCGAUUCUCCUCGCGCCUGCUCCGAGCCCCUCCUCUUCCCUGUGUCGGCUGCUCGACGCGCCGCGCCACCGCUGCGGGAGAAGGUGAACACGAGGAGAUGCAGGGUGGGUGGCCUCCGCCGGAAGAGGGUGACGCCGGGAACCACCGGCUGGCCAAGGACCUUGUGGGAUGGCACUUCCCCGCGGCGCCCUCCUUCCCCGGCUUCGCCGUCGCCACUACCCCCUCCCCUCCUGUCGAGGUUGAGCGUGCACAGAGUGGACGAGUCGAUCGCGACGGAACCAGAGUCACUCGAGGCCUGGGUGCGAGAUGAUGUCAAGCAGGCGGAGGGGUGGCAUUGGGAGGAGUAGCCCACAAUGAAAUCCAUUUUCUCUUUGUGUUCUGUUGGAUUUGGAUCAAGGAAGGAGAUGGCGUGGGGAUGAGGCGAUGGACAGAGGAAGAGGGCGAUGCUGGCUGGCUGAGCGGGCGGAUCUGGAUCCAUGCGGCCCCUCGUGUGUUUGAUCUGUACAACGGCCAGAGGAGCAGGCCAACAUCCCUCUUUACCUCCCACCCAACACCAACGUGCGCAACGAAGAUGAGCUUCCAAAGUACAUCAUAUGCGGUAUGUACAUUCCUGCCCCAACGCCGUGCCCGACGCCCUGGACUGGAGGCAUAGCGGCGCCGUCACCAUGGUCAAGCACCAGGGCAAGCGUGGUGCUUGUUGGAGCUUCUCAACUACAGAUCCCACAAUGCUGGUUGUGGCGGGUAGGCUCAUGAACUAUGCUUAUAAGUUCGUGAUUAAUAAUGGUGGGAGUGACACGAAGGAUGACUACCCGUUUGGUGAAUCAGAUGGAACAUGCAACAAAAACAAACUGAAAAAGCAUGUGGUAACAAUUGAUGGCUACUGAAGCGACGUCCUGCCGGUGUACAUCAGGGACGCCUGCACCAACGAUGAUGCCUUCAAGGUGCUGUGGAAGUGAGGUCAAGGCAAGGGGAUCCUGGUGAUCAAGUGUGCCAAGGAGACCGAUGCGUCUUACCCGCUCAUGACCCAAGCAGUAAUUUUCCAUUGCCUCUAGAUGUAUCAUUGACCGUCGCCAGCCUAUGGUUUUAGACGUGAACUUGCAUGUAUCAGUACUUCAUAUUGCUAUAUUUUGAGUCUGGCGAAAUAACAUCACGUGGUACAAUCAAGCAAGUGGAAGGGGCGCAUCCUAUCUAGCACCGCCCUAGCUUCCUCUCAGGCGGCGCACCUGGGUGAGCCCCAACC